CCGGAAACUACGGUAAACCUUUAGCGAAAACUGCCAUGGAGAGCGGCGAGGCAGGACGGUCCGGUUGGAGGUUCGGUUCCGCACCGAAAAACAACAAAAUGAGCAUCAACGUCCUGCGCCAGGAAGAGCUGAUCGCGCAGAAGAAACGAGAAAUCGAGGCCAAAAUGGCACAGCAAGCCAAGACGAGCAACCAGCUCAAUCAGAAACCUCUUCCGCCUAAAGCAGUUCACCAGCAGGGAGAGUUGUCUAAUAAGUUUGUAAAUGACGGCAGCUUCUUGCAGCAGUUUCUGAAGAUGCAGAAAGACAAGCCAGAUUCAGCUCAUUUCCACCUAGGCACAGCUUCGAGCCCCAGCAGCAGCAGCAGCAGCAGCAGCACCAGCAGCACCAGCACCAGCACCACCACAAACAACAACUCUAAUAAAUCUGCUGCUGCUUCUGCUAGCGGUGGGGUCCUGCCGCAGAAGAAAGGCAUCCUCAUUGGCAAGCGGCCCGGGCUGGGGGUCGGCAGCAUGCUCAGCCAGUUCAAGAGCUACUCUCACGCCAAGCAGACGCCCAGCUCCAGCCGGGCCAGUGUCUUCCUGUCCCCCGACGAGGAGGAGGAGGAGGCAGACGACGCCCACUUCCUGGAGGUCAAAGUUUCCCCCCCAGAGGACAAGGAAACCCGCACCAUACUGGAGAAGCUGGCCCGAUUCGUAGCAGAAGGGGGCCCGGAACUGGAGAGGAAAGCGAAGGAAGAUUACCGGGACAGCCCUGCGUUCUCGUUCUUGUAUGAUAAGAAUAGCCGGGAUUAUCUGUACUACAGGCGGAAAGUUGCAGAACUAAGGAAGGACAACCCAAACUACGCCUCGUCCUCGUACUCUGGAGUUUCACCCCCAGUGGACCCUGAGACGCGGAUCGUGGCGGAGAAACUGGCCAAGUUUGUGGCAGACGGCGGGCCUGAAGUGGAAGCCAUCGCCAUUCAGAACAACUGCGAAAACUCCGCCUUCAGGUUUUUAUACGAGACACACAGCAAGGAUCACAGAUUCUACCGUCAGAAAGUGGAGGAGUUUCGCUGCGCCAACAGGGCCCAGAACUCCGGGGUCUUCGAGGCUGGAUCGGGGGACCGGGAGUCUCAGGCGAAGCAGAAACGCAGGAGCCCCCCACACACUUCCCCCCUGCCCCCCCCGACAGCACAGACUACCUCCCUGGUACCAGUACCGGCACCAGCACCAGCUCCACAGCCCUCGCCUGGACCCUCCACAACCAAGAGAAAGAGAAAGAGCCGCUGGGGGGCCGAGGAUGACAAAGUGGACAUCCCGGCACCUCCCAUCAUCAUUCCCCCAGAGCUGGAGCCCCCAGCACUGACUGCUCAGGAGCUUAGGGGUCUCGGCUAUGAUAAAGGCAAGCCUGUGGGUCUGGUGGGGGUCACUGAACUGUCGGAGGACCAGAAGAAACAGCUUAAGGAGCAGCAGGAGAUGCAGCAGAUGUUCGACAUGAUCAUGAAGCACAAGCGGGCCAUGCAGGAGAUGCACAUCAUGUGGGAGAAGGCCAUUAGGGACCACCAGCACGAGUAUGACAGCGACGAGGAGAUCGACUCCAAAGGGGGCACCUGGGAGCACCGGCUGCGCCAGAUGGAGAUGGAGAAAACCAGAGAGUGGGCAGAGCAGCUGACAGAGAUGGGUAAAGGCAAGCACUUCAUUGGGGAUUUCCUGCCCCCUGAUGAACUGGACAAAUUCAUGGAGACCUUCAAGGCACUGAAGGAGGGGCGCGAGCCGGAUUACUCCGAGUACAAGGAGUUCAAGCUGACUGUGGAGAACCUCGGCUUCCAGAUGCUGAUGAAGAUGGGCUGGAAGGAAGGAGAUGGGCUGGGAUCAGACGGGCAAGGCAUCAAGAACCCAGUGAACAGAGGCACGACCGCAGUGGACGGGGCCGGGUUCGGGGUGGACCGGCCAGCGGAACUCUCGAAAGACGACGACGAGUACGAUGCGUUCCGCAAGAGGAUGAUGCUGGCGUACCGCUUCAGACCCAACCCGCUGAACAAUCCAAGAAGACCAUACUACUGAAGGAGAAAGUUCAAAUCACUUUUUUUUUUUUUUUUUAAAUAGUCUACCAUCCUUACUGAGUUUGGUAUUGUCUAGUCCACUAUAAGGCUGUCUUGAUAGUCUGCAUGCUUCAAUCAGAAUUCAGUACUGGGGAAAUGAAUCCUCUGCAUGCUUUUAUUGGUGAAACCAUUGUUCUAGCCAGGCUCACCUUGCAGGUGCAGGUAUUAAGGCAAGGGGUACUGUUGGAUACCUCCAGUGAUUGAUGCAUUGUGUGCUAGUUUUCACUACAGCAGCACAGUACAGGAGUUGUCUCUUUCAACGGUUAUAGCAUUACCUUAUUUGAUUCUUGCAAUGCAAUAGUGACACUUGCAGUUGCUCAAAUUAGCCACACGUCUUACUGUUUCAGUGUUACUGGUAAAGUAGACCAUAUUCUUUAUAAAAUCUACAGCAUUCUAAUCUUGAGUGAUUCUUGUAGUACUGUAUUUCUAAAAGAAGAGAGACAGCAUGAACUAACCUGUAUGAUGCGUCAGCUUCCACCAGGUUAUCAGUUGAUUGGAUGGAGCAUUUAACGUUUUAUUCACAGGGUGUUCUACAUAAUAUCUAUUGAUGAUGGGAACGUUGCUGCUUGCACACCCCAGCCUACACCCAAUUGCUGCCUGAUAAUCCCUUUCAAUGGGGUUAACUGCACAGUGUAUUUAUCGUUGUCGACAUUCGGUACCUUCUUUUCAUCUAAAGACCAACAUUGAACGGCGCACACAGUAAUCAGUAGGUCGCAGAAACAAGCAAACCCACUGUGUGUGUAGGUUUGUCUCGACUGAAAUCUCAAACCUGACCACCUCAAAAGAAAGUACUUCUGCUAGAAAUCUCCUGUGUAGCUGUAUGUUUGUUUUUUGUUGCUACAUUUAUAGUUGGGGGAAAAAAUUUAAUGUUGUGUGCUGUU